AAACGAUUUAAUUAAAAAAUAUAUACAAAUGAAUUCAGAAAAUAUAUUAUUAAUCUUGAAUUUGAAAAAAAGUGUUUAAAAUAGAAAAGCCAUCUAUAUGUAAAAUUGCAUAGUUAUAAAUAUGUCAUAGGCGAAGAAAAAUAAAUCCUGGAAAACAACAAAAUAUAAAAAACAAUUAUAUGUAUUAGAUAAAAUGGCAACAAUAUUGACAUCUUAUGAUACUGGAAGUAAACCAUUUAAACCAGAUAUUUCACGUGGAAAAUGGUCUUCUUUAACUGAUUUUUAUACAGCAACCUUAACCCAUUCAUUUGGCAUUAAAACAUUUUCAAUAAUACCUUUAUAUGCGGUAUCAACAAGUGGUAUUCUAUUUAUUAUACCAUUCAUGGUCGGAUUACUUAUUUUGAGUAUACCACUCUAUUUUAUGCAAUCAUUUAUGGGACAAUUUUCUUCAAGCGGCUAUAUAUCUGUUUACCGUAUUGCUCCAUUAUUCAAAGGAAUUGGUUUUUCUAUUUUGAUUAUGAAUUUGGCAACAAUUUGUUACAGUAUCUGUUUAACAUCUUAUACCUUAACAUAUUUUUUGGCUUCUUUCAAUCCGGAAUUACCGUGGAUGACAUGUAAUAACGGAUGGAAUACACAUAAUUGUACUGUGGUUCAAAAAUUUGAUGAAAAUCAUACUUUAGCUUAUAGUGAAAGAUGGUCAACAAUAGAGUAUUUUGUUCAUGCUGUAAGACAAGUGCCACCUGAAGAUGAAGAUGAAGUCGUUAUUGUUUCAUGGAGAUUACUUCUUUGCACCAUUAUUAUAUGGGUUAUGACAACAGCAAUCACUAUUCAAGGAGUUGAAUUUAUUGGGAAACUCUUACGAUAUUUUUGUUACAUAAUUCUUGUAUGCCUUGUUAUAUUUUUCUUAAGAAUAAUAUUUCUAGAGCGUGGUCUUCAUUUCAUUUAUCAUUUUUUUAUACCAAAAUUAGAACAUUUUAAUUAUUUUGAAUAUUUUAUGUUUGGUAUAAUUCUACCAAUUAGUUUGUAUGGUACUGGAGGUGGUACAGUUCUAACUCUAUCAAGUUAUAAUAAUUUUCAUGCGGAUAUCAAAUUAUAUUCUUGGAUUAAUGCAAUUGUAUUAUUGAAUAUUGCAAUUAUUGUUGGAAUAUGUUCAUCUAUAGUAGAAGAUUAUUUAGAAGAACAUUAUAAUUUUCGUUUUUUUUAUUAUGAGAUAACCGAUUUUCAAUUACCAUUUGUGGGAAUGCCAUUUUUUAUUGGUAAAUUAGAAAUUCCUAAUUUUUGGGCACUUGUUUUUUAUUUAAUGCUGCUGUUAGGAGAAUUUUCUACUUGUGUGGUACAAAUGCUCUCAAUCACCACAGCAAUAUUUGAUGAAUUUGAACUUUUACGAACGUAUAAGAAGGGGAUUACGAUAGCGAUAUCCUGCUGUUUAUUUAUAUUUUCUGUAUGCUUUACAACAAAUGAAGGCACAAAAAUAGUUCAAAAUUUAUUUAAUGCAUCUUCAAUAACAUUAUGUGUUGUCUGUUUCCUGGACAUCAUGAUAGUUGUAUGGUUUUAUGGCCGUGAAAAGUUUCAAAGGGAUGUUCUAUUUCUAAUGCAAGGCAAAAUGUAUCAGACAUGGGAAUUUAUGAUAUUGCGAUUCGUAACACCUGUACUAAUUCUGUUUGUUACUUUAAUAAAUAUUGCGAUAUAUCUAUCAGAAUUAUAUUAUGUUCAAAAUAAGUAUUGGGAUAUUAUUUUGAUAACAAUAUUAGUUAAAGCGUUACCAACAAUUUUAAUAUUUAGUUGGAUUUUAUAUAAAAUGAAAAUUUCAACUGGAAAUAUUUUAGUAAGAUUGAAACGAAUAUGUGUACCAACAGAUUGGUAUCCAAUUGAUCCGGGAGAUAAAAGAAGAUAUGAUGAUGUUAUUGGAGCAUGUUCAGAAAAUAUUAGAGAUCUUGUUACAAAUAUUGAUAUUGUAGAUGAUGAUGAUGGAUAUGAUUAACAAUGAUUAAAGUAAAAACAAAAAUGAAACAAAGUGAUUUUUCACAAUAAUUUAAAUUUAAUUAAAAUUUGUUAAAAAAACUUAUUUUACUAUUAUUGUUUAAAAACAUGCACAUUCUCAGUUGUCUACAAUAUAUAUCUGUAAUACAACUAAAUAAUAUUAGUAAUUACAGAUUUCUGAGAGGAAAAUAUAAAAAUUCGGCUGGGCUUUGAGGCAAUACAUUGUCUAUAGAUAUGCAGAUAAACCAACUGCAAGUAAUUGUUUAUAUGACUAGAAACGUAUAUUAUACAUAUGACAUUGAGGCAUGUGAAUAUAUGGAACAGUAUAACAAUUUUUAUUGUUUGCUGCAAAGAAAACUGUGUAUAUUUAAUAUGGAUUAUGGAAUCCGUGCAAAAAAUUUUUAUUAUGUAUUCAUGAUUUCCAUUAAAAACAAAAUACUAAUGCCAAAAAAUUACCUUUAUCACAUUCGAAAUGCACCCAUAUAUGCUCAUAUAAAAUUGUGAUAUGAUAAUAGAAGAAUCUGUUCAAUGAUAAGAAGAAAAAAAUCAAAAAAAAACCCUUAUAUAAUGAAGAAUAAAAGUGUUAUACAAAAUUAUUGCUGAACAGCUAGCACGCUUUAAAUAUUUUCCCUCUAUGAUUUUUUGUUAUUCAUUUACUUACUCUUAUUUUUUGCU